AUGACCGCCACGGCGCCAAGCUCCAGCGCGCCGCUGCUGCUGGACGGCAAGGCCACGAGCGACGGCAUCCGCGAGCAGCAGCUCAAGCCGCAGUGCGCCGCGUUCCAGCAGACGCACGGCCGCCCCGUGGGGCUCGCCGUCGUGGUCGUGGGCGACCGCAAGGACUCGGCCACGUACGUGCGCAUGAAGCAGAAGGCGUGCACGGCGGCGGGCAUCGAGUCCUGGAAGAUCCAGAUCUCUCUGACCGAUCAAGACGCCAGCGAGAAGCCCCAGAGCCGCGUGACGGACGAGCUGCUGCGCACCAUCCAGGAGCUCAACGCGCGCGACGGCGUGGACGGCAUCAUCGUGCAGCUGCCGCUUCCUUCCUUCUGCGACGAGGACGCGAUCCUGGCCACCAUCGACCCCAGGAAGGACGUGGACGGCCUGCACCCGGACAACCAUGCGGCGCUCUUCCAGUUCGCGACCAAGAAGGCGGCGUCCCAGCGCGAGGACGCGCCCUUCGCGCUGCCCUGCACGCCUGCGGGCUGCCUGGAGCUGCUGGACCACUACGACAUCCCGCUGGAGGGAAAGCACGUCGUGGUGCUGGGGCGCAGCCAGAUCGUCGGCCUGCCCGUGUCGCUACUCUGCCUGCACCGCAACGCCACGGUCACCAUGUGCCAUUCGCGUACCCAGGACCUCAAGGCGCGUGUGCUUGAGGCCGACAUCGUCAUCGCGGCGAUCGGACGCGCGCGCUUCGUGCAGGGAGACUGGAUCAAGCCCGGAGCUACGGUGAUCGACGUCGGUAUCAACGCAGUGGAGGACGCGACCAAGAAGAGCGGGUAUCGGCUCGUGGGGGACGUGGACUUUGAGGCUGCUGUCAAGGUUGUCCACGCCAUCACGCCUGUGCCGGGCGGCAUUGGCCCUAUGACUGUGGCCAUGCUGCUGAAGAACACCAUCCAGUGCGCCUCAAGACGCGUGCAACAGAAGUAA